AUGCUCGAAAGCCCACAUCAGAAGAAUCUUCCGGCGAGAGCGUUGAUUUCCAGAAGAGAGUGCAAACUCUUUGGCAAACUGUUCCGAAGCGACAGUUACGUUGAAGACGGGAUUGAUUUCGGCGAGGGUGUUAACGUCGCCUCCGAGUAUCUUCCCGUCACGAGCCAGAGAAUACUUCUGGGCAAUGGAAAGCCCACUGAGAACGUAGCAGCAUUCUCGCUUCGAAGAGUCCUUUCUCAAGAGAUCGUCCUUCUCGUUCCAUUUCUCCAUCUAACAAUGGGAAAAUUGCUCCUUGCCAGAAGCUGUAACAUCCAUCAACAAGCUUGUUCGUUCUUCCUUGAAAUCCUCCUUCGUACCGCAUUUGACGACGUGUUGCCCAACGAAGAAGACUUUCCAUAUCGGCGAGACGGAAUCUGGAAAUCAUAG